CUCCUCCCUCUUUCCCUCCCUCUCUCCCUUCAGCUCUUCUACCACCUGCAGCGCGAGAGGGUCUUCCUGGAGCCGCGAGCCCGCUUCUACGCCGCCGAGAUCGCCAGCGCGCUGGGCUACCUCCACUCCCUGCACAUCGUUUACAGAGACCUGAAGCCGGAGAACAUCCUCCUGGACUCCCAGGGUCACAUCGUUCUCACCGACUUCGGCCUCUGCAAGGAGGGGCUGGAGCCCAACGGGACCACCUCCACCUUCUGCGGCACACCAGAGUACCUGGCCCCGGAGGUGCUACAGAAGCAGGCCUACGACCACACGGUGGACUGGUGGUGCCUGGGCUGCGUGCUCUACGAGAUGCUGUACGGCCUGCCCCCCUUUUACAGCCGAAACACGGCGGAGAUGUACAGCAACAUCCUGAACAAGACUCCGGUGCUGAAGCCCAACGUCUCCAAUGCCGGGAGGGACCUGCUGGAGGCGCUGUUGCAGAAGAACCGAACGCAGAGGCUGGGGGCCAAGCAGGACUUCAUGGAGCUCAAGCAUCACUCCUUCUUUUCCCCCAUUAACUGGGAUGACCUGAUAGCCAAGAAGAUCAAGCCCCAGUUCAUCCCAGCUGUGAACGGCCCCACGGACCUGCGGCACUUCGACCCCGAGUUCACCCACCUCCCCGUCCCUUCCUCCGUGUCCAACGGCGACUCCGCCAUGGCGACCAGCAGCGUGCGCGAGGCGUCCGGCGCCUUCCUCGGCUUCUCCUACGGGCCCGCCAAAGAACACGGCUUCCACUAGGGGGCGCAGCCUUCCACGCCGUCUUUUGCUCUGCCCCCCCCCCCCCCCCCCCACCACCUCAGCCAUUCCGUUCAGGGACAGUGGUAUCACAGCUGGUGCAGAAGAGACGGACUUAUCCCUGCGUAUCCGGGCAACGGGAACAACGACACGUCAAACGCGGACGAGGAACAAGAGCCCCCCUCUGUCGGGACGCGGGAUCGUUUUUAUUUAUUUACUUAUUUAUUCGUUUGUUGACCUCCGCCCUCCUCAAUAUCCUGCGCGCAGGGGAUGAAGGGGUGGCAGGAUUCGGGAAGCACCGGGCGUUUCGGGACGCACCGGAACGCGGCGUCGUCUGCAGUACGGGCAACGGGUGCCGCCUGGCGGACAUUUUGCAGUUUGAGGUGCGAUGAAUGACCUCUUCAGAAAGACCAGAGGGGCACACAGUUUGGGGAAUCGCCGGAGGGGGGGAAACGGCCUAGAUCGAUCCCACCAGCACCGGCUGCAAGCUUGGUGCCUUUCUCCUUCAAACUGUUCAGGAUUAGGAAUACAGCGUGUAAUGUUUUCUGCAGUUAUUUCGUCACUCUUUGGGACCCGACACCUGUGAAGAUACAGUUACAGAACUUUAAAAAAAAAAUGAAAGCAAUUACUGACAAAGUGAUGUACCCUUCUCACUUAAAAUAGAGGAGGUCGUUUGGUGUAUGAUGAUUUCUGGUCUUGGGUCCAUGUCUACAGUACUUCCACGAGCCGGUUUGUGCAAAUGCUUAAACUGAUCCCAGACCAGCGAGUUGGGCCCCGGUCUGUAAGCAUGCCAUGGGUUGCCGCAAGCUGUGAGAUUUCUAACACUGUUCCCAGAUCAGCUUUGCUGAACGAUUUCCCAAAAGCACUGGCAAAAUAUGGACAACCAGUCUUCCCCAUCAGAGCGAAGUUACGGCUUUGUUCAGGAAAGCAUGUGUCAGUGCCCAGGCCUGCUCAUCGUUAGCUCCUCCCAUUUCUGUUAAAGGAACAUACCUGCAAAUGGCAUUUCACGAAAUACAAAGCUCUGUAAUCUUGCCAAACCCACCUGUCCUACCCUGUUGUGUUUUUUUUUUCCAUUCACUUGUCCUUGCUAUUUUUUCUUCACACGCCGAUUGAAACAUUUUCCUUGAACUAUUUUGCUUUUCUGGGGGAAAAAAAACUCUAAUAAGCACUUUAAUUUUCAAUAUAAAAUGGAAUUAUUUGCAACGUUCAUGUGAUUUUAACAGUGGACGUCCUUACUUUGAAGCCACAUGCCGAAUUUGCAACAAGCGUUGUGGAUUUUCUCAGUCCUGAGAACACAAGCACUGUUUGGAGGAUGGCAGGAUUCUGUGUUUCACUGUGGAAACUUUUAUUUUUUUCAAAAUUUUGUUACUAAAUGCAUGUACUCAGCAAAUAAUUCCUGGAUGAUUUUUUUUGUGUGCUUUUCAGGGGACCAAGAGUGCAAUACACACAUGGGAAUUACCCAUUCUACUUUUCUAUUAUUGCAAUAAUCAGAUAUGUAUGGUAUUUAUUGGCAGUGAAAGAGAUUUCUGCAAUAUCAGACCAGGGAUAACACUGUAGAACCACUGUCAGACUGUAACUGAAGCAUUUGCAUUGUGCAUUGUAUAUUGUUGAUAGUAACAUAUGAGAACUUGGGAGUUUGUGGCAUGCUUGUCAGACCCUGUGAAACGCUGUGGCACAGUUGACCUGAGGAGGGCGCUGUUUCCGUGCCUACAGAGGUGUGAUCAAUUUGGCCGGCCGGUGGAAGGGGCCGCAGCUGGUUGGAGGUUGUUUGGGAGUGAAGGGCUCUCCAGGAGAGCAGGACCUCCGACCUGUCAGGCGCGCCACCGAAAACACAGCACGUGGCGAUACUCUCCAGUGUGCUGCAAUUUCUUUCACAUUUGGAAGUUUUUUGUUUUGUUUUGUUUUCGUUUUUAUGUUGUCUUCCCGUGCUAUACAACAUGUCUCUCACACAUGCAAAGUAUUGUACCUUCAAAAACAAGCUGGGUAGUGGUUAGUUUGCAUAAAACAAUGAUUUGUGUGAUGAAAAUGUAAAUAAAUUCAUAUAAGUACU